AUGCCUUCCUCAUGUAAAGAUAUCAGAGCAGCACUAGCAGCAUGCCUCCAAGAAUCCGACUGCGUGAUGGUUUAUCGCAACAAACCCUCGGACUGCCUGCGCGCGCCCCUCUUAGAAACCAUGCCUACGCAAUGCCAGCAGCUGAAAAAGGGCCUCGGAGAAUGCAAGCGUGGUAUGGUGGAUAUGCGCAAACGGUUUAGGGGGAAUCAGCCCAUUGCUGUGAGCAAGGAGCUGGAGGGCGGUUCGCAAGAAAAGGCACACAUGUUGUAUGCGGGCAAGCCGGCAUUUGCGGAGACGGCGAAGGAGACGGCGGGCAAUGAGCCGGUGGAGAGGGAUUGGAGGGAGGUGGAGAAUGAGAAGUUUAGGAAGGGGGAGAAGUAG